UAUUCAUACCGAAGCUGUCAAACCAGUCCCCCGUGUCCGAAUAAACCGCACUUCCUCUCCUAAAAUACAGCGGCGGGGGUCCGGUAUCCCGAGCACUGUCAUUAUCCUGCAAUGUGAGUCCCCCCCCUCUCCAGCCCGGUGGGACGGAACGUGCAAUGCCUGAGGCCGGUUGUGUGUAGCCGGUGUUGCGGGAUGGGGUGCACGGAUUUCCCGGGGGUGUUCACUCGGUGUGUGCACUGAGAGACGUGCACGGUGUAGGCCUGCGUGUGACUGGAUACAACGGAGCAGACGGGGGCCCGCCGGUAGAUACACUGAGUGUGGCAACAGAAUGAAGACAAUUAGAGUUUUGGGUUUUCCAGAUGUUCACCAUACCUAAAGACUAGGAGCCAAUCAGGUUCCCCCCAAAUGACUGGCAGUCAUUUAAAAACCUCUAAGCGGAGUUCCUCGGGUCACUGAUUCUGUCAGCUUUGGAGGGACAGAGAUUUUUUCUUCAAGAUGCUGAUUAAGGAAUAUCGCAUCCCGCUUCCCAUGACUGUGGAGGAAUACCGGAUUGCUCAGCUCUACAUGAUCCAGAAAAAGAGCAGAGAAGAGACAUGUGGGGAAGGCAGUGGUGUGGAAAUCUUGGAGAACAGACCAUACAUAGAUGGUCCUGGGGGCUCUGGUCAGUACACACACAAGGUGUAUCACAUCGGCAUGCACAUCCCGAGCUGGUUUCGAUCCAUCUUACCCAAAGCCGCCCUGCGAGUUGAAGAAGAGUCUUGGAAUGCAUAUCCCUAUACACGGACCAGGUACACUUGCCCCUUUGUGGAGAAGUUUUCCAUAGAUAUAGAAACAUUUUACAAAUCUGACUCUGGAGAACUUGCCAAUGUAUUCAACCUUUCUCCUGCUGAAAAGAGGCAAGCAGUACUGGAUCCUAUUGAUAUUGUUAAAGAUCCAAUCCCCCCACAUGAGUACAAGCCCGAAGAGGACCCUAAAGUAUACAAAUCUAUGAAGACUAAAAGAGGCCCACUAUCUGAUGACUGGAUUGAGGACUAUAGGAAUAACUUUGGGGGAUGCCCCAUCAUGUGUGCCUACAAACUGUGUAAAGUGGAAUUUCGCUACUGGGGCAUGCAAUCCAAAAUUGAGAGGUUCAUACAUGAUGUUGGUCUUCGGAAAGUUAUGGUCAGAGCACAUAGGCAAGCUUGGUGUUGGCAAGAUGAAUGGUGGGGACUAACCAUUGAAGAUAUUAGACAACUGGAGAAAGAAACACAACUGAUGUUGGCCCAGAAAAUGGCGCAGUUUAGUAUUAGUGAAAAUGAAGCAGAACAGCAUGGAGCCAAAGAAUCUCCUGGUGAGAAGGAUUCAGAGACCAAGGCCAUUACCUCUAUAGAAACAGUUGACGAACCAAGCGGCAUAACUGAGUCACUUUCUGGAAGAGGACUAACCAAGCAGUGGUCUACUUCUUCUAGAUCAUCCAGAUCAUCAAAGAGAGGAGCUAGUCCAUCUAGGCACAGUAUAUCAGAAUGGAGGAUGCAGAGCAUAGCCAGGGACUCAGAUGAGAGCUCGGAUGAUGAGUUUUUUGAUGCUCAUGAAGAUUUGUCAGAUAAUGAGGAGGUGUUGCCUAAAGAAAUUACAAAAUGGAGCUCAAACGACCUGAUGGACAAGAUUGAAACAGCUGAGACAGAUGAAUUACAAGAUGAUUCCUACCACGAAACUGCAGAGUACACGGUCAGCUCUAGUGUGGAAGGAUUAAGUUUAAUGGAGGAUGAAUCAGCACAAGCCUCCAUGCAACCAUGUAAAGUCCAUGUUCUAAUCCUGGUACUUCAUGGAGGUAAUAUCCUGGAUACUGGCGGCGGAGAUCAGAAUUCCAAGCAGGGUGACGUCAAUACCAUCAAGUCUGUGUUUGACACAGUAAUGAGGGUGCAUUACCCAGCGGCUUUAGGACACAUUGCAGUCAGGCUCGUUCCCUGCCCAGCCAUCUGCGCGGAAGCAUUUUCACUGGUAUCCAACUUGAGUCCAUACAGCUACGAUGAAGGCUGUUUGUCAAACAGUCAGGACCACAUCCCUCUUGCUGCCCUUCCACUCCUGGCCACCUCCUCUCCACAGUACCUGGAAGCUGUUGCAAUGGUUAUUCAUCGAGCCAACCAAGUCUAUUUGGAUUUCACUAAAUCACACGAAGGCAUGUCUUUUACUGGGCAGGUUUGUUUGGUUGGUGACUGUGUUGGGGGAAUUUUAGGAUUUGAUGCCUUAUGUUACAGCAAUCAAACUGUGUCUGAAAGCCAGAACAGCAGCCGAAGAGGAAGUGUUGUGAGUGUUCAGGACACAGACCUCCUGUCUCCAGGCAUCAGCAUCAACAACAGUUACUGCAGUAGUUCAAACCUGGAGACUAGCAGGCACUUGAGCCGAAGUAACAUUGACAUACCUCGGAGCAACAGUGAAGAUCCAAAGAAACAGCUUCCACGAAAGAAAAGUGAUUCCUCCACAUAUGAGCUGGACACCAUCAAGCAACAUCAAGCUUUUCUUUCUAGUUUACACUCAAGCGUCUUGAGAAAUGAUCCAGGGUCUCGAAGAUCGAGCAGCUCAACAAUGCUGGAUGGAGGCAGCAUUGGGAAGUUUGAAUUUGAGAUUUCCGAUUUCUUCUUAUUUGGGUCCCCUCUUGGACUAGUACUGGCUUUGAGGAAAACUGUGAUUCCUGCUCUCGACAUUUUCCAGCUUAGGCCUGGCUGCCAGCAAGUUUACAACCUGUUCCAUCCAGCUGAUCCAUCUGCAUCCCGCAUUGAACCUCUUCUAGAGAAGAAGUUCCAUCUGAUGCCUCCUUUCAAUAUCCCUCGAUAUCAGAGGUUCCCAUUAGGGGAUGGUAAUUCUGCUCUCCUGGUUGAGGCUGUACAGAACAACCCCAUCCUUCUCAUGGAAGGCAGCCCAGCGGUUGCUCUCCAGCGUCAAGAUGGCGUCAUGGAAACCAGUAUCGCUGUUCCUGUCCUAAGCUGCCAAGACACUUCCAGUAAAUCUGCCACUUGCUCUGAGUCGGAUGUUGUUCAGUUUCAUGGUGCAGUCUUCGUGGAAAAUGCCUCCCCUUCCUCCCCCAUAACAGCUCCCCACUUCAGGGGGUACAGAAGAGCAAGUGAAAUCAGCAUUGCAAGUCAGGUUUCUGGAAUGGCCGACAGUUACACGGCUUCAAACAUAGCCAACAAAACAAAAAAUCAUCUUAACCAUUUCAAAAAGCUAAAUCUUCUGUCACAGCUUGCCCUCCCUUCCAAACCUAACAUAAAAACAAGUUCCCCCACAAAACAUAAUCAGUACCAUACUGAGCAGAGUCACAUAGGAAGAAUGCUAGAGGUGGGGGAUUGGAAGCACAGCACAAGCCCAGGCAUCCAAGGCUCUGACAUCUCCAAAGUUGCAGCAAAGUGGUGGGGCACAAAAAGGAUUGACUAUGCCCUCUAUUGUCCAGAUGCCCUCACUGCUUUCCCAACAGUUGCUCUUCCUCACCUUUUCCAUGCCAGUUAUUGGGAAUCCACAGAUGUUGUUUCAUUUCUAUUGAGACAAGUCAUGAGACAUGAAACGGCAAGUGUCUUGGAAUUGGUUGGAAAAGAAGUUUCUGUGUUCAGCCCCUCAAAACCAAGGGAAAAGUGGCUAAGGAAACGAACACACGUGAAACUAAGGAAUGUUGCUGCUAACCACAGAAUUAAUGAUGCUGUAGCCAAUGAAGAUGGGCCUCAGACUCUCGCUGGAAGGUUUAUGUAUGGCCCCCUUGACAUGGUCACACUCACUGGGGAAAAGGUGGACAUUCAUAUUAUGACUCAACCACCUUCUGGGGAAUGGGUUUACUUUGAUACUGAAAUAACUAACAGCAGCGGUAGGAUCUCUUAUGUGAUCCCGGAAAAUAAAAGACUUGGAGUUGGGGUAUAUCCUCUUAAAAUGGUUGUCAGGGGAGACCAUACAUUCACUGACAGCUACCUCCAUGUUUUACCAAAAGGAACUGAAUUUGUAGUGUUCAGCAUUGAUGGAUCUUUUGCUGCCAGUGUUUCCAUUAUGGGCAGUGACCCCAAAGUCAGAGCGGGCGCAGUAGAUGUAGUGAGGCACUGGCAGGAUCUUGGCUACCUCAUUAUUUAUGUGACAGGCAGACCUGACAUGCAGAAGCAAAGAGUGGUAGCAUGGCUUGCACAGCACAACUUCCCGCAUGGUAUAGUGUCUUUUUGCGAUGGAUUGGUCCACGAUCCUCUGCGACAUAAAGCAAACUUUCUGAAAAGCCUGAUUCAAGAUGUACACAUGAAAAUACAUGCAGCUUAUGGCUCCACAAAAGACAUCUCAGUAUACAGCGCUAUAGGUUUGUCACCAAUGCAGAUUUUUAUUGUAGGCCGACCCACCAAGAAGUUACAACACCAGUGUCAGUUUAUCACUGAGGGUUAUGCUUCUCACCUUGCCCAACUGGAAUACAGCCACCGAUCACGGCCUGCCAAGAACACAAACAGGAUAGCACUGCGGAAAGGAAGCUUCUGUCUUCCUGGUCAAACAGAUUUUCUGAGGAAGAGGAAUCACUUGCUUCGUACGAUCUCAUCACAACCCACCAGUAGCAGCAACCACAAACCAGAAAGAACACAAAGUCAGUCUGAGAGUGACCGGGAUCGGGAAAAGGAACGCAGCCAAAGAAGUAUGAGUAUUGCAGCAGGAUGUUGGGGCAGGAGUGCAGCCAACGCCAAGCUGGAAUCUGGCGUUUUAAGUCAGAAGUGAGCCCCCAUUAUUUUCUGGAAAUUUUCUCAUGUGAUUGGCUCAUGUCAGUUUAUAGGUAGGCUGGGAAGGAAAGUGGAAGAGGCACAACUUUGUUGGAGAGACAGCGUUGACAAAAUGGUGCUACUAUAUACCAACAAUAGCAGAGUUUGUGAUCAGAAGUGAUGAACUGCAGGCCUUAAAAAGGGUAGUCAUGCCCAAGAGAUAAUUAUCGGAUAACCACAGAGGGGGCAAAUCAAAUUAGUAAGCAGCCCCAUGUUUUUUUUUUUUAUUUAAAGCAGGUUCGGUGACUUUCUGUUGUAAAUAUAUGCCUCCUAUACCUUAGCCAUGUCUGAAACAUUACUAGAAGAAUGCACAGCACACAUCCUGUUAAGAAGUACAUUAUAAACAUUCACCUAAAAGCUUGAGAGUCUGUUAAAUACUCAAGAAGAGGCAGCCUCCACAGAACAAGCUGGAAACUGGGGAAGACCAGUCAACUUCAGUCCUGUCCUUGUUGGCUUUCUGUCUUGCAAACUAAGGCACAACAAAUUAAGAAACAGAAACAUUUCUUCUUUUUUAUUCUGGGAAAAGGAGGACGACACAUGCAAUGACAAUAUUCCAGGACCUCUUGACAGUCUGCCUUGCUCAUUUCAAUAUGUUGUGGACCUAUGUAAAGAACACCUUUAUAACCAGAUGUGAAAGCAAUGCACAGGUAUACUUUGCUGUAGCUUUGGUGAUCAGAGGAUAAAUCCAAACCAGUAACCGAAGUCCUUUUGUAUCUAAAAGUUCUUAAGAUUCUGUAAUUGUCCAGUUUGCUGCUUUUGCGUGUAGUUGCUCAACUGUACAACCUCAUUGUUUUCUUUGCACUGAUAAUUUUUAGAUUGGAGAUCUGUUACCAUCUCAUGUAGCUACACAUCCUUGUCUGUAGUGCAUGGUAAUUUAAAUAUUGCAAAGCCAGGGGAUAGAUAUUCUUAUUAUUUUGUACUGUUGUUUCACCCCGGUAUGCAGCGUUAAAGCAGGCGUGCCAAAACAAAGGUAGAAACAAAAAGGCCAUAUCUCAAUUUCCCCAGCUCACUAUAUACUAGGGGGAAUGGAAAGUUUUUGGAACCUCUACAUACUCUGCUCUCUCAUAGGGUGAAAGAAAAAAAAAAAAGAUCCAAACAGCGAAUUUGUUUUCAUACCACUUAUUUAUUUAGGCCAGUUGACCACUUUUUAAAAUGUCUUUUUUUUUUUGUUGAGUACAGUAUAGGAAAUUAUUGUACACUAAAACACUGUGAAAUCUCCCUGACUGUCACCGAACAGAAGCCAAAAAAGGGAUGUUUUCUACUUGAUAUAAAGUCUAAGACUGUGUGGGCACAAUGAGUAUCCUAAUUCUUUUACGGACUACUCUGUCUUGUGCGUCGCCACCCUGGCUUAACAGGGAAUACACUUUAAGGCCAGUUUAAGAUUUUUCUAAACUAUAGAGAGCAGGUUGUACCAAUUGUCUGCAUAUACGAAUAGAAACACCUUUCACUUUGCUCCUAAUAUAUAACGCAGAGCCAUGUUUAACAUCGGAAAGAUUAGAUAACAUACAUAUUACACUGCAUGUAAUAUAAUGCACAUUUACCUAUUGAUUUUUCUGCCCCCCUCAAAAAAAAAAAGUUUAUUUUUACAAAUAAUCUUUGACUUUAUAUUUAUAUAAUUGUUAGAAUUGGUGAAAUAAUUUUAGGAUAUCUUUUGCAUGACAGCUAAAAGAUAAAAAUUAGCUGUCAUAGUAGUUAGAAGAGGGAUUUCAAUAAUUCACUACUUACAAUGUAAAGCACAGUAGACGUGUAUUGUAAGCUUUUAGCCAUGGGUGUGACCAUAGAGGUCUUAGGAUACAUCUUAUGGAAGGUCACUGCUAAAAACAAUAAGAUUUAUCCUUAACUGGACAAAUGACACAUAUAAGGCCUCUUGCACAUGACCGUAUGGCUUUUUCAGUAUUUUGCGGUCUGCAAAAAAUACGGAUAACGUCCGUGUGCAUUCCGUUUUUUGUGGAACGG